AUGGUGAUGAUGAUUAUGAUUCGGAUAUUGAUGAUGAUGAUGAUGAUGAUGAUGAUGAUGAUGAUGAUGAUUCGGAUGACGAUGAUGAUGAUGAUGAUGAUGAUGAUGAUGAUGAUGAUUCGGAUGAUGAUGAUGAUGAUUGAUGAUGAUGAUGAUGAUGAUGAUUCGGAUGAUGAUGAUGAUGAUGCGGAUGAUGAUGAUUCGUGUAUUGACGAUGAUGAGGAUGAUGAUGAUGCUGAUGAUAAUGAUUCGGACUAUUGCGAUAAGGACGAAUAUAUGAUGAUGAUGAUGAUGAUGAUGAUGAUGAUGAUGAUGAUGAUUAGGAUGAUGAUGAUGAAUCUGAUGAUGAUGAUGAUGGAUGAUGAUGAUGAUGAUGAUGAUGAUGAUGAUGAUGAUGAUUCGGAUGAUGAUGAUGAUUUGAUGAUGAUGAUGAUGAUGAUGAUGAUGAUGAUGAUGAUUCGGAUGAUGAUGAUGAUGCUGAUGAGGUUGAUGAUGAUGGAGACGAUGAUGAUGAUGAUGAUGAUGAUGAUGAUGAUGAUGAUUAGGAUGAUGAUGAUGAUGAUGAUGAUGAUGAUGAUGAUGAUGAUGAUGAUGAUGAUGAUUCGGAUGAUGAUGAUGAUGCUGAUGAGGUUGAUGAUGAUGGAGACUGAUGAUGAUGAUGAUGAUGAUGAUGAUGAUGAUGAUGAUUAG